GGAAUGCGAGAUGUUAGGUCGGAACGUUUUUUACCGUAGCCAGUUUGUCCAUACGGAAUUAUUUUGCAACGUACUAUCAAAAUCAUGACGACGAUUGAAAACAACACCUGAACUGUUUCGUUUUCUUGAAACUGACAGCAACGUACGAAAAUAUGGCUGGUUUAGAAGUGUUGUUCAGUUGCGUGUCUGGCGCAAUAACACGUCCUCAAGAUGUGGUUGUGUGUUUCGUACACUGGGAAUUUGUACAAAGUGGGUACAAAUGUCUUGGUACUGGAGAUGAGCCCCGCGAUGGUGACCGGAAAUCGGAGUUGCUCCCUGCAGGCUGGAAUACAAGUGGGGAAUUGUACACACUGAGAUAUCGUUCAAAUGAUGACAAAUCAAACUUGUUGUUCAAAGCUAUAACUGUGGACUCAACCUUAAUCUUCAACGUGAUGGAUUCGGCCACAGAGCAAGUAUCAGACUUGACCGUCAAUGUCAGUGAUUACAUUGAUGCAGAGCAUCUGCACGAGUUUGAUAGUGUGUUCAAGAACACGGAGGAUUUGGCUAAAAAUGUGAAGAUCAAACUUCUUCCUUCAGUCAAGGGGGAGAGCAGUAAGAAGGCAGAGAAGAAGCGCGAUGACCCCCCAGCAUACUCAAAGACCGAUGAGCCGUUAAGGAUCCCCACCAGGGCGCCCUCCUCUUCAAGACAGCCCAACUGGUCAGAUCCAUUGGCUCCAUUUGCUGCAGGAGGAUCAGAUCUUGACCCAUUUGGAGGGCGAGCUGGAGGGAUGAUUGUCGACCCACUGCGGCAGGGGUUUCCCCGGUCAGGGUUCGACCCCUCCGGUGGCGUGUUGCCCCCUGGUGCGGUGCCCCCUGGAGCACGCUUCGACCCGUUCGGCCCCGUCGGGAGACGCAGACCUGGCCCAGACCCAGAUCACAUGCCUCCCCCAGGAUACGAUGACAUGUUCAUGUAAAGGGAAAGAAACACUUCCUCCUCUCCACAGCCUUCCUGGGACUGUGCACCCUGAAGGCGGCACACUGAGAGCAGUCCUGUUAUGUGUGGUGUGUAGAAUAAACGCUAUCUAACAAAAACCAGCCACAGUGCUUUCCUGACACCGGGUUUGCACAUGCAGUACACCGAUGCAAACGUAAUACUUAGCGCAUCCUGUGUGCUUACCUGUGUGGCACAUAUGCUGAAACCAGUGUAGGAGGAGAGUUGGGGAACGUUGGAAGUAAGAUAUUGAUUAUUCUAUUCCAUAACAAAGAAUAAUUUGGAAAUGCAUUGAAAUCACAUAACAUGUUUUACUUCUAAACCAAGAUUCUGUGGGUCUUAUAGUGUGGUGGACUCUUUUCUAGGUCCAUUAGGAUAAUGAAACAAACCUAUCUUAUCAAACUCUUAGUUCCUUCUCACAGACUUGGCUGGUUGUUGUCAAACAUUACGCAAACCAUAUAUUUGGUGUAAUGUCUCCUCCUGCCUUUGCUACUCAGAUCCUGGUUAUUAUCCUCCUCUGAUUGCCUUGCUGUGAUCGAGUAAUUGCCAUUUUUGUGUGGUUUCUUGUUAGCAAUUUACUGUUGGGCUGCAUCUAUUUAAAUGCUUUCCAUUCUCUUAAAACUUCUCAUUGAAGUUGAGGAACUGACCAAAAUUCUUAAUUUAGUUGUUUAUGCCUAGCCCAAACUUUAAGACUUUAACUUCUACAGUUUCAUUUUUAUAUGUAAAAACUGGUAACAACUCUACAUUCUGUCUUUGUUUGCAAAUAAAGGACUAAUUCAUUUCA